AUGUAUCAAGCUGCCUGGUUCUUCAGCGGCGCGUGGCUGCAGAACAAGUGCAGCACAUGCCAGCUGCCGCAGCUCCGACGUGCAACAGACGAGCGCAAUGCUUGCCGACUUUUCGUGCGAUUGCUGGGUGCAUCGAUUCCAGGGCUUGCAGAGCCAGGACUGCUCAUGCGAGAGCAUCCAUGUGUGGAAGUGGCAUUUGGUGAUACAGUGAAGGAGUCCGAACCUGCUGAGUACGUCUCUGUGGGUACGCCAACCUUCGGACCAAGUGCCCGAAAGCCAGGUUUGGUUCCGACAGCUCUACAGGAUUGUGAGUGGCACUUCGGCGACACGAUGGUCUUCACCGUUCAGCUGUCGGAGCUCACUUCGUGUGGCCUGUCCCUGCGUGUGCACACACGGAGUGACAUGCGCCUGGGCCCCUUGCAGCUAGACCUGGCCCGGCCAAGCCAAGUCGGUUGCUGCACACUCGACAUGAGGCGUCGGAUCCUUCCAGCAUGCUCUAACCCAAAGGUGGCCCAGGUCGCAAGCAAGGGGGCAAAGGAUGAGGCCCAUGCAGCUUCGCAAGAGAUCUGGGAGUCUGAGCAGAUCUGCUUGCCACUCGUUACAGCCGACGGAGCUGAUGAAGGAGCAUGGCUCCUGGUGAGUUUCGCUCUGUCUGCUAACCCGGCGUCGCUCGAAAAACUGGCUUCCCGGGCAGACAGGACUUUGGUUGAGCGAGUUUCUGAAAGUGUCUCACACUUGGGCCAACAAGCCCAGCCAGCGUUGCAGUGGGCAGCAGAAUGCUGUGCCACUGAAACAGCGAGGAGCUCUCAAGAGCGGAUCGUCGUGUCCAUCCCAGCCAUGGAGCACGAGAACGCGGGAAGCGUGGACUUAGGCCGCAGCCAAACAGGGGCGCCCGAAAACCGGCCAAGCCGGGAGUGUGCUGCUGCACCGCAGCAGGAGAUAGAAGCAGAGCCUGCGCCAGAGCCACCUGCCUUCCCGGAGACGGUUCAGAGCAGGCUCCCAGUUCGGAGCCAGUGCGGAAGAUAUCUCGUUUCACAGACUCCCGCCGGGGCUGCGCCCGGUCCUGCACUGCCCAUGCCGUACACCUUGAACCCAGCUUGGGCAUGGUAUCAGAGGCCGCAGCUCACGCAGAGCGCCAACGGCUUGCAACCUCAAACGUGGGCCUUUCCGCAGCUUCUGAGCUGCAUGCAGGUUGCUCGUGGUCAGCAGUUGACGGCUGUGUGGAGCCUACUGCAGACCUCGCUCCGAGCCACUGCACCCUGGUCCAAGAUCAACCUCUGGAUCUGGUGGCAUAAGGCAAUCUCGGAGGCUCCGGUCCAACUGCCAGAACUCAACACGCAGGACCUUUCCAACACGGCGCAGGCAGCACCACUGCCACUCUUCUGGCAUCUAGGACCUGCCAGGGCGGCAUCUCUCAUCAAGCUUGCUUCCUUCAGGCGGGAGGAAACAGAGAUGCUACUCUGGUCUUUAGCCCCGUGGUGCUGGGAGACAUCCUUGAAGGUGCUGCGUGACAUGGAUCGGACCUCCAGGCUGCGUGCCUUGGGUCAGCCCGGCUGA